GUAGUUAACGCUUCCUGGUGCGAGCUGGUAGUCUGCAGGGAGGCGGACAGUAACAGCAGAGAGUUAACAGCAUGGCUUACAUGGCGAGGAUCGGUCCGUCCAUUCUGAGCAGCAACCUGUCCUGUCUGGGCAGCGAGUGUGUCCGGAUGAUGGAGUGCGGGGCGGAUUACCUCCACCUCGACGUGAUGGACGGACACUUUGUCCCCAACCUCACAUUUGGACAUCCCAUGGUGGAAAGCCUGAGGAAGUCAUUGGGCCAGGAACCUUUUUUCGACAUGCAUAUGAUGGUGUCCCGGCCGGAGCAGUGGGUGAAGCCCAUGGCUGCUGCAGGAGCCAACCAGUACACAUUUCACCUGGAGGCCACCACAAACCCUGGAAACCUCAUCAAGGAGAUAAGAGAGAAUGGGAUGAAGGUCGGUUUGGCUAUAAAGCCUGGAACUACAGUUGAAGAGCUAGCGCCCUGGGCUAACCAGAUCGACAUGGCUCUGGUUAUGACUGUUGAGCCUGGCUUUGGAGGACAGAAAUUCAUGGAAGACAUGAUGCCCAAGGUGAGCUGGCUGAGGAGUCAGUUCCCCUCAUUGGAUAUCGAAGUAGACGGAGGUGUUGGCCCUGACACCAUACACAAGUGUGCAGAUGCUGGAGCAAACAUGAUCGUGUCAGGCAGCGCUGUGAUCGGCAGUGACGACCCUCGCUCCGUCAUCUCGCUCCUGCGCACCGUGGUGGCCGAAGCAAUCCAGAAACGAUCUCUGGACCGUUGAGAUGUGCUUUCCAGAAAACACAACACAGCAGCCAGUGGAACAGACUCAGACAUUUCUAUAUCUGGAGUGGAGGUCAGAGGUCAUGGUCAGAGCAGAGGGCGCCAGUGUGGCGUUAGCUGAAGGCCAAAUCGAGAUAGCUUUGAUGAUGUGAGUGAAGCUGCGCCGUGCCUCCUGAGAACUUUUUGAACUACAUCCUGUUCUGCACGAAUCUCCUCUUUGAACAGCUAACUCAUCACAGCCUGGAAAACAAACAUUUUAAAUCAGGAGCUGAGGUUAUAUUUGAUUUCUCAUCUUAAAACAUUCCUGAAUAUUGUUUGAUUUACACUGUAAGUUUUAAGUAUGUAUUAAUUAUGGAAGAAACUGUCCAGUGAGCACUGUGUUUGGAAUAUCCUCAGAUUUGCAAAACCUCCUUUUGAAUGCCACUCAGGAUCUUUUUUUUUUUUCAUAUUUCACAAAGCUUCUGCUCUUUUUUUUUUUUUUUUUUUUUUU